UCGUUUGGAAAUAAUCUUUUGACAGUAAACAACAAAAUGAGCGAAGAGGUGUCUGAGGUUCCUAGAGAACUGCUAGAGAGCGUAAAGGAUGCUGUGGGGAGGAAGAUCAAACUGGCGGUGAAGAGGAAAGUUAAACUGGAGAUCAAAGGGGACAAGGUGGAGAAUCGGGUUUUGGCCCUGGCGUCUCACCGGGCUUAUCUCCUCACGGCACGCAUCCCUGCCAAGGUGGAACAGACCUUUAAUUAUUUGGAGAUCCAAGGCAUCACGUGUAAUAAACCCACACAGUUGGCAGUGGAGUAUGACAGAGGACAGAUCUCUGUGAAAAUGGCCUCCACAGAGGAGGUGAAUGACGUGGUGGCUCACAUCGGCAGCUGUCUGCAGAGAAUAUGGCCCGGGCUGACACCAGUGAAGCUGAUGAAGAGGUUGGUGAUGGAGCCUCCUGAGAGGGUUGGCAGCCUGCAGGCACUGUGGGAGAGUCAGAACACAGCCGAACCAGGACCCUGUGGCGGAUUCUCACAGCAGUACAGGUGUGUGUGUGACUGGCUGGGUUUGCCUUACAAAGAAGAGGUGCAAUGGGAUGUGGACACGAUUUAUCUGACACAGGACACACGGGAGCUCAACCUACAAGACUUCAGUCAUCUGGAAAACAGAGAUUUGGUAGCGAUAAUUGCUGUCCUGGAGUACAACCAGUGGUUCACCAAGCUUUCCACUAAGGAUUAUAAACUGUCUACAGAUGUGUGUGAUCAGAUUCUGAGAGUGGUGGCUCGCUCUAGUCGACUGGAGGAGCUGGUCCUUGACAACGCAGGACUGAAGACGGACUUUGCUCAGAAGCUGGCCAACGCUCUUGGCCAUAAUCUCAGCUCAGGACUCCACACUCUCAACCUUGCCAAUAACCCUUUAGAGGACAGAGGUAUCUCCUCGCUGGGUGCCCAGUUUGCCAAACUCCGUAAGGGCCUGAAACACCUCAAUUUCUCCAGAACCUCAUUAUCACCCAAAGGGGUGAACAGCCUUGCCCAGUCACUGAGUGCCAACCAGUCUAUUCCCAGUACCCUCACCCACCUCGAUCUCUCAGGGAACGUUCUGCGGGGGGACGACCUCCCGAAUUUCUACAAUUUCCUAAGCCAGCCGAACAGCUUGACCACGCUGGAUCUGUCCAAUACCGACUGCUCGCUCGACUUGGUGUGUUCUGCACUUCUCAGAGGUUCUAUUCAGCACCUUGCAGUUCUCAACGUGUCAAAAAGCGUGUUGGCCCACAGAAAAGGGAGAGACGUGCCUCCAGCGUUCAAACACUUCUUCAGCAGUGCCAUGGCGCUCAACACCAUCAACGUGUCAGGAACCAAACUCCCUCCUGAGACCUUGAAAGCUCUGCUCCUCGGUCUGGCCAGUAAUCCGCAUGUUAAGGAUGUGUCCCUGGACCUCAGCUCCUGUGAGCUUGGCCACUGUUUGAGGUCCGGGGGCUCUCAGAUCUUGGAGGGCUGUAUCGCUGAGAUCCCCAAUAUCUCCAGCCUGGACAUCUCAGACAACGGGCUGGAUGCUGAUAUGACCACACUGCUGGUGUGGCUGGCCAAAAACCGAUCCAUCAGACACCUUUCUCUGGGGAAGAACUUCAACAACAUCAAGUCCAAAAAUCUUGCCCCUGUAUUGGACAACCUGGUUCACAUGAUUCAAGAGGAAGAAUCACCCCUGACGUCUCUCUCUCUGGCCGACUCGAAGCUGAAGAGCGACCUGAGCAUGGUGUUGAACGCUGUGGGUAGUAACAGCACUCUGACUAAACUGGACAUCAGUGGGAAUGGCAUGGGAGACAUGGGCGCCAAGAUGCUGGCCAAGGCUUUACAGAUCAACAGCAAACUCAGAACGGUCAUUUGGGACAGGAACAACAUCAGCCCCCAAGGCCUGCAAGAUGUCGCAGCUGCUCUGGAAAAGAACUUCACCAUUCGUUUUAUGCCCAUUCCCAUCAUUGACGCGUCACAGGCUCUCAAAGCUAAUCCGGAGAAGACGGAAGACGCCCUGCUGAAGAUUGAGAACUACUUGUAUAGGAAUCAGGAGACGCGCAAAUACGUCCAAGAACAGGCCUACCGACUUCAACAGGGCAUCGUCACGACAACCACCCAGCAGAUGAUUGACCGGAUAUGUGUCAAAGUUCAGGAUCACCUCAACUCAUUGAGAAACACAGAGACGGACGUCAUCAUGGAAGACGUGAGGAUAGCAGAGAGCCUCGUCAAAGACGCCCGAAACUCAAAAACGCUCCUGCCCAAUCUCUACCACCUGGGUGCAGCAUCCAGAGAGGAGCUGAACAGUGCUUCUGUGGGUCCCAUCCAGGAGAAACUGGACUCCAUGGCCGGAGAGGUGGCACGGGUUAUGGAUGAGCAGCUACAGACCCUGCUGGAGGCGAUGGUGGAUGCGGCAGAGGGUCUCUGUCCCCACGUGAUGAGGAAAACCAACCUGCGUCAGGACCUGAUUAAAGCCAGCAUGGGCAAGGUGGUCGUCCCUCGCAGCUUCGUAAAGAAGACCCUGCUGGAACAGUCCGGAAUCGACAUUAUCAACAAGAUAAGUGAAGUAAAGCUGAGCCUGGCCUCCUUCCUCUCAGACCGAAUCGUGGAUGAGAUUCUGGAAUCGCUCUCCAUCUCCCAGAGCACCCUGGCGGAACACCUGUCCAGGAAAGGCCGCCCCUUGGUACAGCAGGAGUCUGUCGACCUGGACGUCCCAGAGGAGCGAGUCCCCAAACGCAGCACCAUGGAGCUGAUGGAGGCUGAGAGACUGGAGGACCUGGAGACGUGCAUGACUCUGUGCUGCACCAGUAUGACCCCAAAGUCUAAGAGGAAGAGUAUACAUAGCCGAAUGCUGCGUCCCGUCUCCAGGGCGUUCGAGAUGGAGUUUGACCUCGAUAAGGCUCUGGAGGAUGUUCCAAUCCACAUUGAAGAUCCUGCCCCUCCCCCAAAGCCGGAGAAACGGCCGUCGGGGGUCAUGGGUGAGCUUCCGUCGGAGGAAGGGAAGAAGCUUCAGCACUACACGAAACUCAGACCCAAGAGGAAUAAGAAGCUUCAUUCGAACAAAGUGCCACAGGUCAGUAAUGCACAGUCACAAGAGGGGGAGCAGAACGGCCUCAUGGGAAGAGUGGAUGAGGGAGUGGACGAGUUCUUCUCCAAGAAAGUCACCAAGAUGGACAACAAACGCCCUUCCACGAAAGCCGCCGAUUCGCAGGACGGCGAGAAGAAACGGGACUCGCGUAAAGGUGGUUUCCUCAACCUCAUCAAAUCGCGCUCCGCUAAAUCGGACAAAGACAAGAACCAAGCCCAGCCCAGCCCCGCCCCCGCCCCCGCUCAGGCAUCUGCCCCAAGUCUGCCGACCCCGCCGACCUCUCAGGCCGCAGAGGAACCCUCGUCGCCGAAGGUCUCGGCCCGGAGCGCGGCGCCGGACGCCAAGGCCAAGCCGCAGCCCCAGCCUGCGGAUCACAGCAGCAGCUCCGACCGGUCCGAGGAACCGAAGACCCCAGACUCCGUGGAUUCGGAGCCCUCGGAGGGAAGUCCCCAGGCAGGACGCCGGUACGGGGUGCAGGUGAUUGGCAGCGGCCUCCUGGCAGAGAUGAAAGCCAAGCAUGAGAAGAGAGUGGCCGGCUCCCAUAAGUCGUCCAGUCCAGAUAGGUCCGACGGGCCCGGGUCAGGUAAGGGCCAGUCCAUUCCAGAGACCCGGUCGCCAGGUGUAACCAAGGGGGAGGGCAGCGCUGGCACCGCUGAGAAGACCCCCCCGCGCGGAGAGGGCAAACCGGAGGCCGCGCCCAAACCGAGGGCUCUCUCCGCCGCGACCCCUGCCAGUCCUAAACCACCCCCACAGAGUGCCAAGCCCAGCCUGGCUGCCCGCCCAGCUAUCCCACAGAAACCGCGAACCAGCAGCUCUCGAAGUGUCGAUGAGACUGUAGAUCCCCCGGGCGGGGGGGUGUCUCCUAAGGCUGGAGGUCUCCCCCACACGCUGAAAAGAGCCCCCGCAGAGAAGGACGGACCCGGGAUGAGGACAUCAUCUACGACUGAAAGCUCCCAACGCACAGGACCAAGCCGCCUCAAUGCAGAGGAGAGCAGCUCCAAAGUUAAAGACAAAUCGGCCAACAUGGACAAAGAUAAAGACUCAGGCCAGGGGAGCAAGUCUGCAGAUUCUGGGGAGGAAGUUGAUAAGGAUUUUAUUUUUAUAUGA